UUAUCUAGUUAUUUGCAAGAUGAAUCAUGGAAGGAAUUGUUGGAUAAGGAAUUCCAAAAGUCAUACUUUAAGAAAUUGAACCAAUCUGUUGCUAAGGAAUAUGAGGAAAAGCCAAAAACUGUCUAUCCAAAGAAGGAUGAAAUCUUUUCUGCUCUCAAUGUUUGCCCAUUUGAUAAUGUAAAGGUUGUAAUUAUAGGACAAGAUCCGUAUCCUCAAUGGUAUGCUCACGGAAUGUCCUUCUCUGUAAAGAAGGGUGUUACAGUUCCAAAAUCCUUACAAAAUAUUUAUCAAGAAUUGGGUAGUGAUUCUGAUUUGGAUAAGCCAUUCACAGAACCUGAUCAUGGCUAUUUAAUGGGUUGGGCUGAACAAGGAGUUCUUUUGUUAAAUGCUGUCCUUACAGUUGAGAAGGGAGCUUCCAAUGCACACAAGGGCAUUGGAUGGGAAACUUUUACUGAUGCUGUCAUUGAACAAUUGGCAAAGAAGAAGAAUCUAGCCUUUUUAUUAUGGGGUAAAGAUGCACAACAAAAAGGAGCCAAAGUUGACAAGAAGAAUAAUUUGGUCAUUACUACCUCUCACCCUUCACCAUUCUCUGCUGAUAAAGGAUUUUUAGGAUCCAAAUGUUUCUCUAAAUGUAAUCAAUACUUGGUUCAAUGUGGAAUUGAGCCAAUUGAUUGGUCAAAUCUCAAUUAA